AUGGGGAUGGGAAUGAAUUUCUCAUUCUGGGAGCUCGUUGCGGAUAAUCAAUCAACAAAGGUGAAAACGGGACCCAACAGGCAGCAGCAGCCUGGCAAAACAAAGAAUAACUCUAAUUUAGGAACAGCUACUGACCUUGAUGAGGUCUUUGAUACAGUUGGACAAUCAAAAUUUGUACUAAAGAACCUUCAAUAUUACACAGACCACCCAAACUUGGCCCGCUAUUAUGAGUCUUUGAAGCCCACACCACUGCAGGUAUUCCUGUUUAAACAAAGGAAAGUCCAAAGCUUCUUGUUAAAAGUAGCAGAAUAUGAUCAGGAUAAGACCCUACUAAUUCUGACCAACAACCCACUUCCCUGUCCCUUUAAUCAACAAGAAGAGGACACCACACCCAAUUACUUUUCUAAGGAGUUUCUGUCCCAGAAAAUGGACCACUCCAAAACCCCUGAAUCUGUCCACCUACCCCCAAUAUCCUCGAGAGAAAGAUCUAGCCCAAGAACUUCCUUCUCAUUUGCAUUGCUGAAGGAUCUCAGGAAGGAACAAUGGUUUAGGUUUUCCAUAAGCAAUGACUUCAAGACUGAAGGGAAAUAUUCAAAGCUCCAUGCUUUGAGGAAACAGAUAAAGACAUACCCUCAUCUCAACUUUGUUUCACUCUACACCAGAGACAAGCAGAAUGAGUCCAAGAAGUCCAAUAAAGAAAAAGCGGUGUCCGUGGUGCGUUUGAAGCCUCUCACCCUGGCAGAGCUCCAGAAGGACGUGACCACCAAGGCGGCCACGCCAGGGGACAGGACCUUUCGUCACGGAAGGGCUAAGCAGUGGAUCCUCCGCGCGCGUCGCAAGGAAGCCUUUGCUCAGCAGGGCAAGAACCCGGAGGUCCCGGGAGAUCCCGGGAGUCAUCGACGCAGGGGCGGGGCCGCGGCUCCCGAGGGGAGGGGGGAAUCGCCUCUGGCCCCGCCCCCCGCGCUGAGUAGGGAGAAGGGGCGUGGCCUCGCCCGCAGAAACCGCGCCGGCCAAUGA